AUGCGUAUCACCGUAAGCGUCAUCCGCCCCGACGCGGACUCGGACAUCAUCAACCUAGAAGUCGGCGGUGACAUGACGAUCGAGCUAUUGAAAGCUAUUGUCGAAAGCGAAACUGCCAUCCCCCCAGAAGCCCAACAAAUUGUCUACAACAACCAGCUCCUCGGAAACCCCUCACAAACCCUCGAGCAAGUGGGCAUCACCGAAGGCGAUAUGCUAGGCGCCCACGUCACCCUCCGUCCUCCGCAACAACCACGCCCCUCCCCCUCAGCCUCCAGCUCUGUUGCUCCCCGUCAAGGCCCACCCCGCCCGGGCGUGCAAGACCCAGAAACAAUCCGCCUACACAUCCUGGGUGAUCCCCGCGUGCGCGAAGCCGUCCGUAGGCAGAACCCCGAGCUGUCCGACGCGGCCGAUAACGCCCAGCGGUUCCGCGAGGUCCUGAUGAGGCAGCAGCAGAGGGAGUCCCAGCUGGAGGCCGAGAAAGAAGCUCGCAUUGCAAUGCUGAAUGCCGAUCCCUUCAAUCCGGAUAAUCAGAAAGAAAUCGAGGAGAUCAUUCGCCAGAAUGCCGUCACAGAGAACCUGCACAACGCCAUGGAGCAUCAUCCCGAGUCCUUCGGCCGUGUCACCAUGCUCUACAUCCCCGUCGAAGUAAACGGCCACCGUCUAAACGCAUUCGUCGACUCCGGCGCCCAGGUGACGAUUAUGUCACCCGAAUGCGCAACAGCCUGCAACAUCAUGCGGCUAGUCGACCGCCGCUACGGCGGUAUCGCCAAGGGAGUCGGCACCGCGCCGAUCCUCGGCCGCGUGCAUUCUGCCCAGAUCCGCAUCGGCGAGAUGUUCCUCCCCUGUUCAUUCACCGUCAUGGAGGGCAAGCAGAUAGAUCUUCUUCUGGGGUUGGACAUGCUCCGCCGACACCAGGCCUGCAUUGACCUGAAGCGGGGCGCCCUCGUCAUCCAAGACCAGGCUGUGCCGUUCCUCGGCGAGGCUGAUAUCCCGCGCCACCUGACUGAGGAAUUCGAAGCCGAGCCUACGGUCAAGGGCGCCGAUGGGGCGGAAGUCGGAGCUAGAACUGGAGCUGUUACCCACCAAGCCGGUGGUGAAAAGGGAAGCAACACUGCCCCUGCUUCUACGUCCUCCCAACCACGAAUCAAUAUCCGGCCUGCGCCUGCACCGCCCGCAUCGCGCUGGCCACAGGAUGCCAUCGCCAAAAUCACCGAGCUGGGCUUUACACGCGAAGAAGCUGUUCGGGCGCUUGAUAUGGCGAAUGGGAACCUGGACCAUGCCAUUGGAUUCUUGAUCUAG